AUGGACAGCUUCGACGUGAUGAGUGUAGAGUACGGGAGCGAAUACGACAAGGCAUGCAUUCACACGGCCAUCGAAAACUGGUAUGGUAGUUUGCAGGCGUUCUCUGCCUACGUGCGGGGUCCUCUUCGCGAAGAUGUGCUGAAACCCAUGCAGACCCCUGGCAGUGUCUCCUUUGGCUAUAUAUGCCUGCUCACGUCGCCAUUGAUGGCGGUUUGCUUAGAAGGUGUGCUGGCGAUGGUUAAGGCUGCCACACCCUUGAACAUUUUGCUGGGUUACAUUCUAAGCUACGUGGUCGGAUUGAUACUCCUCUUUAUGCCGGCUUUGCUGGUCCUUCUGAUCUACCUUUGCGAGCGGG